CAGAGUGUGUGUGUGUGUGAGAGAGAGAGAGAGAGAGAGAGAGAGAGAGAGAGGGUUCUCAGCUUUCUUCUCUGGCACACUGUCAAGUUUUUAUGAAGAUGUAGGGGUGAAACGCUAGUAGGAUGAGGCCCAUGCAAGUUCCUUUUUUCUUUCCUUUAUUUGUCUUUUAUUGGCGCAGAAGAGGGGAGCAGGUGCGUACUGAUUCUAUGCCACCCUCUAAUGAAUCCCCACUUCUCUUCCUAUGUUGCAUCUUCGCCACACCUACCUAUAUAUGCAUAUUUAUUUAUAUUCACACAGAGAGAGAGAGAGAGAGAGAGAGAGAGAGAGAGAGAGAGAGUUGUCGGUUGGAUAGUGAAGAAAAUGGAAGGGUGGGAUCAAAGGUCUCCAUCUGGUCCCAAUAGUCCUGCUCCUAUAAAACUGACAUAUGCCUUCCCUUUCUCACGCCUCCUCCUGACUUCUUUUCUAGUACUAUAAAUCUCCCUCCUUUUCUCUAUAAAAUUAAACACAAAUUUUUGCUGCUGCUGCACCCCAAAAGAGAAGUAGCAAGUAUAAAGUAAUGCACACUAUGUGUUUGUAGAAGAACCUCAUCGUUUCUGAUCUCUUAACGUAUUCACUUUUUUGGCACCGUAAAAGAGAAGAAUAGAACCUUACGUUACAGCACUCCCGUCACGCCUCCCCAACUCAAUCACAUCGCCUACUAUCGUUUUUCUUUGUGGUCCAACCCACUCCAACCCACACCAGUCCAUAUAACAGAGACAAAUUUUGGGUUGAUCUGAGGCAAAGAGACAGAAAGUGGAGGCAAAAAUGGACUGGAAUGGGAGCUUAAGACCCUUUGUUUCUCGACCAGAAUCUUCUUUAAGCUUCCUCUACAACUAUAACUACGACACAUAUCCAGGAAUGGAGGUGAAGCACCCGGCAAUGGUGGAGUCAGGGCACGGGAUGGUGCCGGGAAUGGACAAGAACAACAGCUAUGGGAGCUGCCAGGAUAAGAAGAAGCGGCUGACGAGCGAUCAGCUAGAUUCACUGGAAAGGAGCUUCCAGGAGGAGAAAAAACUGGACCCUGACAGGAAGAUGAAGCUCUCCAAGGAGCUCGGGCUGCAGCCUCGCCAAAUCGCUGUUUGGUUCCAAAACAGGCGCGCCAGGUGGAAGGCUAAGCAGCUGGAGCACCUAUACGAUGAGCUCAAGCAGGAUUAUGAUGUCAUCUCUAUGGAGAAGCAUAAGCUUCAAGAGGAGGUGCGUGUUAUGAAAUUGAAAGGCAUGCUAAGAGAGCAAGCCGCGAGGAAGCAAGUCUCCACAGGCUACACAGAAAUCUCAGGGGAGGAGACAGUGGAGAGCACGUCAGUAGCCAUAAAUGGCUCUCACAAGCCACGAGGAACGCCGACGACGAUGACCCACCAUCCCAUUGCAGACUGCAACUAUCUAUUCAAUGUCGUCGAGGAGUACAACCCUGUGUCGCCGCCUUACUGGGGUGCUCUGCCUUCUUAUCCCCCGUAAGCCAUAACCGGGGGGGGGGGGGCUGUUAAGCUGUUCAUAAUCUGAUCUUGAAGAGUGUGUUUAGAUUAGUAGGAUGAGAGGGUCAAGUAGCUAGUUUUCUGGCUGAGUUGGAGACGCUGUCGUCUGAUUCAGAAUUUUCGUUCACCUAUUUAUUCGCAUGUGAUGCUCUAAUUGUUGUUAUUGUUGUUAUAAUGAUGAUUAGUCGUUCCUUGGGUUUUAUUU